CAUUGCUUGACAGAUGUCACCCAGCUGCCGCUUCCUCCGAACGGGUUGGUCGCCGGGGAGCCAAAUAUCUGGCUGCGGCAGAGCGACCAGGAUUUACGGAUACGGAUAGCACGAGAAAGAGGCGCCAACCAAGCAGCAAUGAGGGCUCUUCCCAUGGCCGCCUGCGCCGCCGCGCCCGUCCCCCGGAGGUCGCUGCUCCUCUCCACCGCCGCCGCAGGAGCGGCGCUGCACUCCGAGCAGCUAGCUCGGACCAGGGCGGUGAGGCUGGCUAAGAACGCGAGCGGCGCGGCGGUGAAGAUCCGGGCCUCGGCGGACGCCGCGCAGGCGGCCACCUUCCCCGGCACAGAGGAGGCCUUCGCGUGGGCAAAGAAGGACAACCGGCGGCUGCUCCACGUCGUCUACCGCGUCGGCGAUCUCGACAGAACGAUCAAGUUCUACACCGAGUGUCUCGGGAUGAAGCUGCUGAGGAAGCGCGACAUACCUGAGGAGAAAUACACCAAUGCUUUCCUUGGAUACGGGCCCGAGGACUCGCAUUUCGUCAUCGAGCUCACAUACAAUUACGGGGUCGAUAAGUAUGAUAUUGGAGCAGGUUUUGGCCAUUUUGGUAUCGCGGUCGAUGAUGUGGCAAAGACAGUUGAGCUCAUCAGAGCAAAGGGAGGCAAGGUGACCAGGGAGCCUGGCCCCGUCAAGGGCGGCAAGACCGUGAUUGCCUUCGUCGAGGAUCCUGACGGCUACAAGUUUGAGAUCCUUGAGAGGCCAGGGACUCCAGAGCCACUGUGCCAGGUGAUGCUCCGAGUCGGCGACCUCGACCGAGCCAUAAGCUUCUAUGAGAAGGCAUGUGGCAUGGAGCUGCUACGGAAGCGAGAUAACCCUGACUACAAGUACACGGUGGCAAUGAUGGGGUACGGGCCUGAAGACAAGAACGCAGUGCUGGAGCUGACCUACAACUAUGGUGUCACCGAAUAUGACAAGGGAAAUGCAUAUGGUCAGAUCGCCAUAGGAACCGACGAUGUCUACAAGACCGCAGAGGUUGUGAAGCUGUUUGGAGGGCAGGUGGUGCGGGAGCCAGGGCCCUUGCCGGGGAUCAGUACCAAGAUCACAUCCAUCCUGGACCCUGAUGGGUGGAAAUCGGUGUUUGUUGACAACAUCGACUUUGCCAAGGAACUGGAGUAGCAAUGACAAACCGUAUUUGUUCCACUUAGUUCAUCGGCUCAUGACCACGCCUUUCGCUACCCUAGCUGCCUGUAAGUGGGCGCAUACGCAUUGCAGAAAGUCUAGUUUUCUGAACAAUAGGAACCGGAUGGCAAUGAGACAGAGACAAGGCCCCAUUUGUCAAGAUACAAAAUAAUACAUAGCUCAGAUUAAUAAUUCAAGCAGGAGCUAUUUACCUGCUUUGUUGAAAGUUCCGUUGCACAGUUCAAAGCAAUGAAAAAAAUUGGAGCACUUUGGAGUCU